AUAGUUUUGGUUAAAACUUGUCAAAUACUUUGUGUGAUGUGUACGGACUGGUAGGGCACACAUACGGUCCCCGGUCGGGCAAAACCAAGAAAGCCAUUCGAGACAUCGAUCACAUCAUUGAAGACUUGUAUAUCUGGAUCGAGGCCUACAAACUGGAGCACAAAUUGAAUGUAGUGAUCGUCUCAGACCACGGAAUGAUCUCAAAAGCAAACUCCAAAGUCAUACACAUUGAAGACAUUCUUGACUUUAAUGACAUCGAGCUAUUCCUCGGCGAGGGAUCCCUUUCGCAGAUAUUGCCUGAGGAUGGCAAAGAAGACGAGCCGCGAAUCAAAUCCAAAGUAUAUCCUGAUUAUGAAAGGACUACAGAUAAUGAGCCCAAAGGUGGUGGUCAUGGUUUUGAUCCCGAAUAUGUGGAGGAAAUGCGUGCCAUUAUGUAUGGAUUCGGACCGGCAUUUAGAAAGAAUUAUACCUCAGAACCGUUAGAAAUGGUCGAUCACUACAACCUAUUCUGCAAUUUGGUUGGAAUUCCUGUCAAUCCUAACAAUGGAAGUGAAGACAGAGUGGAAAAACUCCUCAAAGAGGCGGAAGACGACGAAAAUAGCGAUGAAAGCGAUUACGACUCAGACGAUGAUGACAAAGAUGACAGCGAUGGCGAUGGCUGA